AUUCUCUAUUUCUUAGCCAAUUGCAUUACAUUAUGUCUAUCUAUGUUUUCUUGUUGGAAAGCUUCUUAUAUUUCCUAUAUCUAUGCCUGUGGCAGCGAUGAUAUAAGAAUAAGAAGAGUAUCUCGUCAGUGUCCAAAAUGUUUUAAGCCUCAACCUUAAAUUGUCUUAAAUAUAUAGUUGAUUAAUUAAAAAAUUUAAAUAUAUGGCACAAUCAAAUUACUACGACGAGGUGGAGAUCGAGGAUUUCGAGUACGACGAGGACGAAGGAAUCUAUUAUUAUCCUUGUCCGUGUGGCGAUCAAUUUCAAAUUACUCUCGCCGAUUUGGCCAGCGGCGAGGAAGAAGUCACAUGUCCUUCCUGCUCUCUUGUGAUUAAGGUGAUUUAUGAUAAAGAGUUAUUUCGCGCUAAGCAAGAAGAACUUGAAAAAAUGGGCAAAAAGAAAAAAUUGAUAGUGCAAAAAGUUUAA